AUGGCCAACCAGGAAAAAACGGGCAACAGUUGGAAUAAAAUUACAAUACCAACAUAUUCCAAAAAAGGAUUGGUCAGAAGGGUAAUUUGGCAUGGGCCCUCCGAGUUUGAAGGGCCUUUAAAAAAGGCUUCUAAAGGUCCGCCAGGAUCCGACGGCAGAGAUGGGCCGAAAGGAGAAAAAGGAGAUGUGGGAGCACAAGGAAUGGACGGAAUACCAGGCCAUCCUGGAAUUCAAGGAAUUCCAGGUAAGAAAGGUGAAAGGUCAACAGUUCCUGGACCUCCUGGAUCUCCUGGUGCCAAAGGAGAUCCUGGACCUCCCGGGAGGUAUGGGAUUCCAGGAAUGCAGGAUAUAAUGACUAACAUCGAUUUGAGUCUAAACGGCGAUCCGUUACUCCUUAGAGGUCUGAAAGGAGAUAAGGGAGAUUCCGGAUCAAAAGGGGAUACGGGUGAUCCGGGUUUAGAGGGUCCAGAGGGACUGCCGGGACUUCCCGGAGAACCAGGCAGGACUGGAAAAAGAGUAAGUCGGCCGUAG